UCCCCUCGAGUCUUCCGCGGAAGCGCGCCCCAUCCCCUCCAUUUUCCCGCCUUCUUCCCAAACCCUAGCCCUCAGCUCGCCUCGGAGGCGACUCGAUUCGGACGAAGAGGACGCCACCGGUGGGACGAUGCGGGGCGGCACGGUGCAGAUCAACUGGCACGACCAGCAGCCGGUGCUCACGCUCGAUUUCCACCCCGCCUCCCGCCGCCUCGCCACCGGCGGCGGUGACCACGACAUCAAGAUCUGGGCGAUAGCGUCGGACGAUUCGGACCAGAAGCUCCCGUCUGCUUCCUACGUGAGCAGCCUCUCGGCUCACAGCUCUGCCGUCAACGUUCUCCGCUUCUCGCCUUCCGGCGAAAAUCUUGCAUCCGGUGCUGAUGGUGGUGGUAUUACCCUGUGGAAAUUGCAUACAACUGAUGAUGGGGAGGCAUGGAAAGUUCACAGAUCGUUAUUGUUCCAUCGUAAGGAUGUUCUUGACCUGCAGUGGUCAAGUGAUGGUUCAUUCCUUGUUUCUGCUUCAGUUGACAACAGCUGCAUAAUAUGGGAUGCUAAUAAAGGUGCGGUGCAACAGAUGUUGGAGGGCCAUUUGCAUUAUGUUCAGGGGGUGGCAUGGGAUCCUCUGGGCCAAUAUAUUGCUUCUUUGAGCUCUGACCGAACUUGUAAAAUAUAUGCAAAUAAGCCUCAAGGCAAAUCGAAGAAUGUGGAGAAGAUGAACUUUGUGUGCCAGCAUACGCUAGUGAAGGCUGAACAUCAAAGUCACGACGAGUCCAAGCCACCGGUUAAAACUCAUAUGUUUCAUGAUGAGACAUUACCAUCUUUCUUCCGGAGGUUGGCAUGGUCACCUGAUGGGUCUUUUCUGGUACUGCCAGCAGGCCUAUGCAAAUACUCAUCCGAAGUGAUUAAUACUGCUUAUGUAAUAUCAAGAAGAGACCUGUCAAGGCCUGCGAUACAACUCCCUGGUGCAAGUAAAGCUAUAGUAGCAGUUCGUUUUUGCCCUAUUCUUUUCAGCCUCCGUGGAUCUCAUUCAGAUGGUUUAUUCAAGCUUCCUUACAGAGCUGUUUUCGCUGUUGCUACACUGAACUCUCUUUAUGUCUAUGACACUGAAAGUGCUGCUCCAAUUCUAAUACACGCUGGUCUACAUUAUGCCGCAAUUACAGAUGUUUCAUGGUCUUCUGAUGCAAAGUACCUGGCAUUGUCAUCACGAGAUGGCUACUGCACUAUUAUUGAGUUCGAGAAUGAGGAACUGGGGCAUCCACAUAUCCUCCCUGGGAAAAAGGAAGUUCCAGAAGGAAAUGUCACAUGCAAAAACACAAAACCAUUAACAGUAGGCAGCAUGGAAGUUGAUGUUGGUACGAGCAAAGUUAAGACCGCAGCCUGCCCUGUGGAUAUUACGACACCUCCACCAGCAUUGGCCAAAAACAGCACAUUGGGAACAAAGGAGGUUACUGAAGGAAAUGCGACCUGUGAACAGGCAAAGCCAUCAAAGGUAGACAGUAUGGAAGUUGAUGUUGGUGCCAGCAAUGCUAAGAUGGAAGCUAAUCCUGUGUCCGUAGAAGUGACACCACCACCUGCGUCAACUAAGAAUAGCACGUCGAGUAAGCCCAAUAAGAAGCGAAUUACUCCCAUUGCAAUUAACUAAGUAGCAGAAAUAGUUAGGAUCAUGAUAUCCUCUGUACUCUGUAGUGAUAACAAGUACUGGAAACUAUGUUUAGGCCACCCUGUAAAGAAAUGUAGCCCGCUGCUGUGUUCACCUCCCACAGUCCCACAUAUCCAUUUUCUACUCAUGAUAUGGAUCAAAUUAUAUGGAAAAGUCUAUGUUACCUAUGAACACA